GCCGAUAUUGGCGAAUUGGGAGUGCAGGCAAGAACUACCGAUCAGUGACUACAAGCAACGAUGCUGGCGCUAACUGUUUUGGCAUGGGCCGUCUUCCUGGCAACAGAUGUCGUCGGUACACAUUCUGACCUCAGAAUAAUCGGUGGUCACGACACCAACAUCACCGAUCACCCUCAUCAGGUGUCCGUUUUGUAUUUUAACGGCCACUCUUGCGGUGGUUCCUUGAUUUCCUCCAAAUGGGUUCUGAGUGCAGCUCACUGCACUCAACGCUUCCGCGUUGAACCUUCGGUAUUCAAAUACUCAAUUCGUCUGGGCACUCACUUCUAUAACGCCGGAGGUCAAAUAGUCCCGGUGCUCAGGAUAGUAGACCAUCCUCUAUACGGGACCUUCUUUUUGCACUUCGACAUCACCCUUCUCGAGAUGGAUCGAAACGUCGGCGAUGGGGUCACCAUCAAACCGAUCGCGCUGCCACAACAAGACCAAGAGAUACUACCGGGCACAACCGCAGUUGUUACUGGCUGGGGUACUAUGACCAUGGGUAUAAGCCACCCCCCGCAGCAACUCCAAGAAGUGUUCGUUCCAAUAGUAAGCUUCGAGACGUGCAGGAGUGUUUACGGGAACUGGAUGACCACGAGCAUGAUAUGCGCAGGGUUCGUGGAUGGAGGCAAAGACGCGUGCCAAGGAGAUUCGGGUGGGCCACUGCUCGUAAACAACGAACUCGUCGGGGUCGUAUCUUGGGGAGAGGGCUGUGCCCUGGCCGGAUAUCCUGGGGUAUACGCGAGCGUACCGGCCGCGCGCGACUGGAUCAGAAACGUCACAGGACCAACUGUAGGAUGUGGUGGUAGACGUCUUUGGCCCAUUGCGGAUGAUCGUACCCGUUCUCUUUCUACGGGAAGGGAAACGAAUAUAACUGCACCAGGAGAACCAAAUACCUCGAAGCAGUACCUCGGUCGUCAACUUGAGGAAUCCCCAGAAGAGUCGGUUGUACUUCGGACAGUUCUUAAGCGGGUCGGCAAGCACGUGGUCUUCGUGGACGGGCCAGUAAUUGAAAGGCACCGGUUGCCAGUUGAUGCUGUUCUCCCACACGAGGUCUCCACGCGGAGGAAACAGCGACGCCAGUACAAGCUGCAAGGACAUUUUGGUCCUGUUGUAGUCGGUGCAUCGCGCAUCGACAGUGUCGAGGUCGAAACCCAUAAAAAGUCAUUCACACAAACAACCGCGCCUUGGGAACCGGGUACUUACCACGUGGACGAGCUCGAGGGUGUCCAGGCCUUGGGCGUCUUCUCCGUGGACCGACCUGGAGGAGGCGUGGCGCAAAACCGAAGCAAAAAGAACGAAUGCAAAUGCAAACGCCAGUUUGCCGAUCAUCUUUGGCGACCGUCUCAGACUGACAAUAGCGACGUCCUAUCUGACUCGUCGAUGGAGCACAAAGAGGAGCAACCGAGAGAAGAACGUUGGAUCACCGGUGGUGCAACACGAGGAAAUGUUACAACAGAGAUGGAAGCGCAGAUUAGGCGGAAACCACCAAACAAAACUUGUAUUUACCCAUUGCGUACGAAAGUUUAUCUGAUAGUGCAAACCCACGAGAUCAGUCGUCGUCGGGUUUGCGGUCCAAACAUGUCGUUUUUGUUACUGGCUGUGAUUUAUGGACUGUACCAUGACAGCGCGUACGCGAAGAGCUUGAAAUUGGAUACAAGGAUCGUAGGCGGGAAAGCGAUAGAUAUACGCUCGGCUCCAUAUCAGGUGUCCAUACAAGUAGGCAAAAACCACGUGUGCGGGGGCGCCCUGAUCCUCCCCUCCCUGGUGGUGUCUGCGGCCCAUUGCUUUUACUCCAACCCCUACGCGAUGUUUUACAACGUCCGAGCCGGUAGCAACACGAUAAAUAAUGGCGGAGUUUACGUAGCGGCAAAAAAGAUAACCAUCCACGAAGGUUACUCCCAGAGCGGCCUGGAGGAUGAUAUCGCACUGGUUGAGCUAGCGGUACCGUUGCCUGUAUCGGACACCAUCCGUCCCAUAAACGUAUCGGCAAAUGACGACUACACACCCAAUAGCAUGGCUUGGGUCAGUGGAUGGGGUCACGAAAAGGAAAAUGGGUCCCUAGCUGCGCAGCUAAUGCGAGCUGAGGUGCCGAUCACCUCGCGCGUCUACUGCAGGUCCAAAUACAAGUCGCUGGCGUUGGUGACGGAGAAGAUGGUGUGCGCGGGGUACCGCGAAGGCGGCGCAGACGCCUGUCAGGGCGACUCGGGCGGCCCUCUGGUGUUAAAUGGACGUCUUAUAGGUACCGUCAGUUUCGGUAUGGGAUGCGCGAGAGAAUAUCCCGGAGUUUACUGCAACGUUGCCAAAUACGUAACGUGGAUAGCGGACCACAGCAACUACACGGCGGCCUCAGCGAGCGGUUUCGUCAAAUCCGGUCAAACGUUUAUCUUUUUGACGCUCACGCUGACUAUCGUCGUCGGGAUUUGA